AUGUCAAACGGUCUGCCUUUUCUGAACAAGUUGCGCAAGCCGGAGCUGGCUGAAAUCGCCGAGUCAACCGACCUACAAGACUACGAUGACUACAACAAAGCCGAACUGAUUGCCGCGUUGGAUAAGCACCUCAAUGAUAAUCGCUCCAUCUUCUCUGGCGAAAAGAGACUCGCCGAGUUCUAUUCACGCCUGUCGGGAGCCACGCGUAGAGGCUCACCUGUGAAGCGCGAACCUCGGGUCGACCUUUCUCCUGUGACCGAGAAGAAGACCCCUGCUCGUCGAUCAACGAAGCCAAAAGAGGAGGAGGAGUCCGCCGAGUCUGACGAUGCUCCUAUCAUAACUCCGGCCGUAAAGAAGACCCUCACUUCCGCUGCGCGUGCCACUCCGCGAUCUGUGCGAUCUGUUGUUGAGUCAGCAAAUGCACAAUUCCCCCCGUCGCCUGCCGUGGUGACCGACGCCAUUGACCGUCAAACUACGAAGAUGCGCGAAGGGUUGGAACACGUGUGGACCAAAUCUGGUUUUAUUGAGCAUUCACACGCUCUGCGCGCAACUUUGAGCAGCCUUAAGGUCAUUGAGACUAUUUUUGUCCUUGUGGAGGCUGGCUACGUUCUCUACGAGCUUGUACCUCUCCGUUACCUCACCACUACCCCUACCGUGCCCGCCGCAUAUCUUCCCUCGUUCUCGAUUAAAGUUCCCGAUCUUUUUGUCCUUUUAACUGGAGCAUUCUGGGCUCCAUUCACUCUAUGGUUUCUCACCAAUCUGGGCUUGCCGCUAGUCGCUGCUUACUUCUUCAACUUGAGCUGGCAAGCUGCCACUGGUGGUGCCCAGGGUCCUGCGCGUCGUACUCGCUCAACGCCAACUCUCGCCAGCUUUGAUCCCCUAUCCUUCAACAUCGCUAAGGCUUUGCUGGUGUAUAAGGUCUAUGUUGAGCAUUUUGACUUUGCCGAUCUGUUUAGCAAAUAUGCCAUUCAAAAGGUCAACUUCUCUAUUCCCGGCCAGUAUAGUGGUAUGCUGACCGGGACCGCCAUUGGUGUCAUCGGAACUCUUUACGAGGCCAUUCUGCGGCGUUCGUAA